AUGGGAAAAUCAAAAAGAGCAAUGAAUCCCGCUGAUGCUUUGCGUAAAAAGCAAAGAAAGCGGGAACUGCAAAAGAACAAAGAAAUACGUAAACAAGCUCGAAUGCAGUCGUUGGCAAAGAAAGAUCUAGGAAAAGUGUCACAGGACAUUGCUCGAUUAGAACAUUUAGACAUUAAACAUGCUUCCACAUUGUAUGAUAGGGCACAAGCAGCUUUGGCAGCACGACUUCAGGAACAGGAAAAGAAAUAUGAAAAUGAAUCGAGAAAGCUGGUUUUCGAUCCGAAGCGUGGUGCAUUUGUGCCCGUUAAAAAGAAAGGUAUCAUUUUGAAAAGUGUAGACAGGAGAGAGUGUGUGUAUGUGUGUCGUUCUCAACGGAUGACUCAAUCGACCGAAACAUUGUCAUAG